AUGCCCAACCAACAAACAAUCUGUGCACUGUGUUUGUCGAAUAAAGCAAGUUGGUUCAUAGAAGUGUACAGUGAAGAAAACAGAUCCCUCAAUAUACCAGAGAUCAUACAGAAGCACCUCUGGUUUGAUCUUACAUAUGACGAGCACUCCUGUUUGUGUAAGGAAUGUUGGACGAGUUUAAACGAUUUCUAUUUGUUUUACACCAAACUUGAGACCAUUCAUAAUGUGAAAGCGGACGAAAGCAACGUUUCCAAUAAAACAUGCUCAGAUAGUUUACGGGAAGAUGUUGCCAAACUCUGGAUGGACUGUAUUCAGAAGAAAAAGCCCAAGAAAGCGUCUGACAAAACCGUACUUAAGGCACGAGAUAAAAUAUUUGAGUACAUCGAUGAGUUUGCCUGUAAUUAUUGUGUAGAAAAGGUUACGUUUCACAGAUUCAUUGAAGCGGAUCGGCAUUACAAACUAGUACAUAAUGAGCCCGGCUUUUUAAAAUGUCCGAAAUGUGACAAAAAAUGUUUCAACCCCGGUAUGUUUGUAAGCCAUAUGGAAACACACGAAGAUCCUGAGAAAAACAAGUGUAACAUUUGUGGAAAGAUAACAGAUUCGAACAUUUCUCUUAAGAAACAUAUGCGCGUGCAUAUGACAAUGCUUGAAGAAAAUUUACCGUUUCCCUGUAGUCGAUGUAAACGACGAUUCGCACAUGAAGAGCAACGAGAGAAACACGAAAAAAUGCACGUACCCAAACCAUACGUCAAGAAGGAAAUUGGACCCGAUAUGGAAUUGCUCGAUUUCUACAAGCGCAUUUAUUGCGAUAUAUGCGAGCAGGAAACUCCAGAAUCAACAUCAUUUGAAAACUUUUCCGAACUAAAACUACAUAUGAACGAAAGUCACAAUAAGGGGGCGUAUCUAAAAUGUCCGAUUUGUUUCAAAAGAAAUCUUUAUCGUCCGAAUCUUAUCACUCACAUCGAUAUGCAUAAAAAUCCAGAGAAAUAUCGGUGUGAAGUUUGCAAAGAAAUCUUCCAAAACCUUGGUCAACAUAUGAUCAAAUCCCAUACAGCAAACACUGUGGUUCCGGUGGAGAAAAAAUAUAAAUGUGACCAGUGCGGAAGAAUGUUCAAUUUUCUAGCAAAUCUUAAAAUGCACAUCGACUGUAUACAUGGGUUGAAGGAUAUACGUUGCAACAUCUGCGAUAAAUACUUCAACUUAAAAGCUUAUCGAGUUCACAAGAAAUCAGCACAUACUGAUCAGAUGUACAUGUGCGAACAAUGUCCGAAAAUGUUUAAAACUCGUAGCGCACUGGAAUCGCACAAAGGUCAUCAUGAUGACACCUUGCUUCGAAUCAUCCAGUGUCCGAAGUGUGACAAGCAAAUCCGUAUUAGUAAUAUGCCGAAACACAUGAAAACGGUCCAUUCAAUGGAAGAACCGGUCAGCUGCGAUCAGUGCGGUAAAACGUUCCGAUCCACGUUCCACAUGAAACGACAUCGGAAAAACACGUGCGCGGCUACAAUAGAUUCACGUAAGCAUAAGUGCGAGGUUUGUGGGAAAGGUUUUUGCAUGAAACUCACUAUGAUGGAGCACAUGACGACUCAUACGCGCGCCAACCAGUACCAAUGUGCAUUCUGCUUCAAAUCGUUUGGCUACAUCUCGAACCUUUACAAGCACCGCAAAAAGGCUCAUCCGCUCGAAUGGCAGGAGGUUCAAGCACGUCCUGAGGAAGGUAUCGCGACUGUAAUUGUAGUAAGAAACUAAAGAUGAUAAAUUGGUGUUUUAUAGUUGCAUACACCAA